AUGGUUGUUUUGGAGAGGAUUAGGUCACUCAGUCAGAUGCUGAUCCAAUCAAUGUGUCUGCCCAAUCAAUCUGGGUUCACACUCCACACCCAGCCCUCAGCUCUCAGAUCUCAGCUCUCAGCUGGCCUAAAGCUGCUGUACACGGAGUGUAUAAUCAAUCUGGGUUCACACUCCACACCCAGCCCUCAGCUCUCAGCUGGCCUAAAGCUGCUGUACACAGAGUGUAUAAUCAAUCUGGGUUCACACUCCACACUCAGCCCUCAGCUCUCAGCCCCUCAGCUCUCAGCUCUCAGCUCUCAGAUCUCAGCUAGCCUAAAGCUGCUUUCGCUGCCGAAUAUACCUCAAAAAAAAAACAGCUAUUCUCAGGACACCCCCCAUCACCCCCAGCCCAACGGCAUCAAGGACCAAAGCCGCCUCCUGCCAAGAGCGGCCUCUCCAGCCCCAACCCCCCCUCACCCUGCCGUGGGCGUCCAGCCCCCCGUCCCCCACCCCGGGACCGGGCCUCAGCCCCGCCUCAGCCUCUGCCUUCGCCCGGACAGUGGGAACGGAGCCGGUAGUAACUGUAGUGGUACCGGUGCUGCUGCCUCUGCACAGAACCCUGUCCUCAGCAAGCUUCUCAUGGCCGACCAGGACUCUCCGCUGGACCUCACCGUCAAGAGGCCUGACCCCACAGAGACCAAAACAGAGGAUGGAGUCCUGGACCUCUCCACCAAGAAGGCCCACGGCACCGUCCUCAAAAACUCUCACAGUUACACCCUGUCGCCCACAGUCAAGGG